AUGAGCGAAGUAGCCGAUCUGCUCCUAGGCGACGAGCCGCACGAUCCGUCCGAAGGAGAUCUCGAGGUGCAGGAGCUAGAGCAGCGCAUGUGGAAGGAUCGACUCAAGCUGCGUCAUAUUAAGGACGCGUCGACCGCGGCGGCGGCGGCGGGCGCGGCCGGCGCCGCGUCGUCGGGGGAGAAUGGCGAGUUCGGGAGCCUGAAGUGCCGGCCGGAUUGGGCGGUGGAGGAUGAGGAGGAGGAGGAGGAUCAGCAGCCGCAGAAGCAUAGGCCGACGCAGUCUCAGCAAGAUGCGGCUCGGAGGAAAAAAAUGUCGCGCGCUCAUGACGGCAUUCUUAAAUACAUGCUCAAGCUCAUGGACGCGUGCAACGCGCAGGGCUUCGUGUACGGAAUCAUCCCGGAGAAGGGCAAGCCCGUCGGCGGCUCGUCAGACAAUCUCCGCAGCUGGUGGAAGGACGAGGUUCAAUUCGAUCGCAGCGGCCCGGCCGCGGUCGCGAAGUAUAACGAAGAGCAAGCAGCGGCGCAAGCGGGGCGAAUGAUGGUGAUGCAAAUGGAAGCGGCUGCGGCUGCCGGGGGAGGGGUUGACGGGAGCGGUGUUGCGGGUGGGGUGGUGGUUGGGCCUGGCGGCGUGCCAUUGCCUCGGAAGCUGGUUCGGCAAAGCAAGUGCCUGCAGGACAAGAUGACGGCUCGGGAGACCAGCAUCUGGCACAUGGUUCUCGAUAACGAGGAGGCUUUAUGCAAACAAGAGGCGGCUACUAACGGUACGUUGGCUAUCGGGACGGCGGGAAGCGAUCCCGGGAAUUCCGCUGCCAUUUCCGGCCGGACUGGCCCGAACUGUCUCCCACACAGCAAUAGCGUCAGCAGCGGCAUGAUUGCGCUUGCCGGCAGCAACGCUAGCGGCUUGCCGUCAUCUAUCCAGCGCGGUAACGGUCUCAAAAUCCUCCGCGCGUUUGCUCAUGAGAACUCCGCCAACGCUAACGGCGCUGGUGGGUCGCCUCUGCUCCGAGCCGGCAAUUCUGACGGCCAACGUCCGAUGGACCGGCAGGCGCUCGACAGUGGCGCCACGAACAUGGCUCCCUUCUCUCUCGCCGCAUACGACGGCGGGAAUCGCGGCGGCUUGGAUGGAACGAACAGCCCCGGCAGCAACAGCGCUGGCGGAGGAAGUUUGCCGAACGGGCAGCUGAACGGGCAGCUUAAGCGCGCAUACUCCGCGGUCGGCUCGUAUGGCGGGAAUCGAAAUCACUCCGCAUCAGCCGGAGGUAUUGACACGAGCGGAAACGAGGCUUCUCUUAACGAGGAUGCGAGGCUGCCGUGGGGAAACGGGGAUGGCGCAGCGGGAGACGCUACGGGGGGAGGAAGGGAUUUGGUUCCCGAGCACCGGAUUUUCAAGUGCCCGUAUGAGGGCUGCCCGCGACGCGAGUGGAAGAACGCAUUUACGGACCGGAACUUGAGGAACAUCCACCAAUUGCGGUGCCCCUUCCGUCCCGGUGCUAAGGCGCAGCAGCAGCAACAACAAGAGCAACAGCAACAACAGCAGCAGCAGCAGCAGCAGCAGCAGGAGUGUGAAACGUCGGUCUCCCCACCUCUCCCCGUCCAUGCUUUUGCCAAUCCUGGCGCUAAUUCCGCCUCUGCCGCUCCUGGUAACCCAGGUACCCCCUCAGGUGUUCCUUCAGGUGUUCCUUCCACUAUGCCCUUCGGGGGCACCACCAACAGUCCCUCAGGCGCUCCCUCAGGUAUUCCCCCCUGGGCUGUAGACCAUUCCGCGCAGCCUUCCCUCUCCUCUGUUCCUCACAUGUCCCUGGGCUCGGGGCUAGGCUCGCCACCGCAUGGCUCCGGACCUGCAGCUCCAGGUUCGGUUCCCGGACCUGGCCCCAUGGGUUGGAUGCAGCAGUGGCCCAUGCCUCACCACCAGCAGCAUGGCCAAUUCUCCAUGCCAAUGCAGCAUCCGGGAACCUUCGCCCCUGCCACGUCAUCAUAUGCUGGCUACAACAUGGGUAUGGGGAUGGGCAUGGGAGGCUAUCCCAUGAACGUCCCGCCUUAUCCUGGUCCGGGGACAGGUUCGGCAGCAGGCUCGGGUAUGGGAGGUGCGGGUUUCAGUCAGCCCUUCAACCAUACCUCUCCUGCCCUUGGCGUCCAUUCCUCGACUUCUCCUUAUGCUCCAUCCCAUCUUGCCACGUCAGCAGCAGGCGGUGGUGGUUAUCCGUUUCUGCAGAUGAUGCCAAACAAUGCCGGCCAGCAGCAACAGCAACAACAGCAACAACAAAUGCUGCCGCCCUCCUUGUCUCUUGCCCGGGCAGGGUCAGUGAAUAGUAGCGCGGAGGAGAGGGAGAGGGCGGCAGGGGUAGCAGCAGGAGGAGCAGGGUUGGCAGAAGCAGGAGGGGAGGGAGGAGAAAGGGGAGGAGACUUGGUGGGACGGGCAGUGUAUGGUGGUGGGUCCACUGGGUUCGGUCCAGAGCUAAGAGUUUCCUGUGCUGUGGAGGGCGGCAGCAGGAGUCGUGCGAGUGCUGGGGGGCAGCUGAAAUCCCAGCAGGGGGGUGGAGUGGAUGGUAGCGGGCUGCCUGGAAAAGAAGUCACCAGGCGAUCCAACGGCAGUGGUUUGAUCCUGAGCAAUCAGGGGUGCAUGGUGAUGGGGCAAUCCCUAGGUGGUGCGGCGUACCCGAAAUUUGGUGCUAAAACGAGGUGUGACUCUAAGGGGGAUGACUCUAAUCAGGAGGAUUCCAGCAGCAAGAGCUGGUCCCAGGAGGGGGGGAAGGACAGCCCUGCGUUACAAGCACAUGAUCAUGUGGAGGGCGGGAGGGGUGUGCUGAUUGGUGGAGGCGGCGUUGGGGGAUGUGAGGAUGAUUUCAGGCACAUUGAUUUUGGUCAUGAUCCUCUCAAGGUGUUUGGGUACCUGGAUGAGGAUGGGCAUGCGCACAUGCAUUAG